AUGGACGGUGUUAACCCACAAAGCAGGACGACCGCGGCAGAAGACGAUGGCUUGGAUCAGAUCGGCGUGGACUCCCCGCGGUCCGGCAUUGCGACUCCGCAGCCCGAUCUUCAUGAUAAACGGCUGCCGGGAAUUAUGAGCUACUUCAACCAGGUUCGUGCAAGCUCUUUUCAACGAUUGUGGUCUGGUUCUUUUAGGACAAAUGGGAAAACUGCAACAACCGGCACUCCGACACCUGCCAGCACGCCUACCGCGCUUGAAGAACAGUUGCAAGCUGCAACAAUGGUCGAGCUGCCACCGACCCCCGUUGAGGCGGCGCCUUGGACGGGCUCUUCGCCCGAAGAACCCCCUCUCCUAGCGCACGAACUGCCAGAGAAACCUACCGGAGAAACCGUCUCGCCAUCAGAAGGCCCUCAGCAGCACUCAUAUCCGACGCCGCCAACCUCUCAGACGCCCUCUCUGCGCAACUUCACCACCAGGGACUCAAACGGCCAACACUCAGCAGCCAUAACUCCCCCUAUUUCACGAUCAACCAGCUUACGACACUUGAGCGUCUCGGAACUCGGGAGAGGCAGAGGACGGACGUCCUCUUUGCUGGCGCCCCUGACAACCGUGGUUAGCGAUUCUAGUGUAUCCGCUCGCCACUUGUCGAAUCCCGCGGGGCGCCCUGCUUCGACUGGGCCAGGCUCCUCAACCCAGGACACCAGCCAUGGAGACGUUUCUUUAGAGUCAGCUUCAUUGGUCAAUCUCAAGCAGACACUAACAAGCACCAAGAGCGGUACUUCGACCCCGAAACGUGCGCUCUCGUCCGCCUACCCUUCUCACGGCGAAGGACACGAUGAUACGCGACACAAAAACGGCAGCGGGAUUGACCGCACUGCGACCAGCACACCCACCCCGGCGGGAGCACAGGCUCCCGCGGCCAAGGGCAAGCUAACCAUCAAGAUCACGGAAGCCAAAGGCCUAAGGAAGUGCCAGGACCCCUACGUCGUCGUCGUUUUUCAGCGAAGCGAGCUCAUUUCGUCCGGUCCUCGUCCUUCGGAAGGCGAUGAUCAAGCGGCUAUCUCUGCCGUUGUCACGGGCGUGCCAAUGAAGCGCCAGGGGAGUGAUUCCGGCCGCACUAUGGCCAUCCCAAUGCGAAGUAGACAAAGCAGCAACACAAGCCUCAGCGACUUCAACACGUUCCGUAAUCGUGACUCGCGUCGGUCCUUUACGAGCCCAAAGUGGGAUGCCGAGGCGAUCUUUGAUGUUGUUGACUCCAACAAACUCGUCGACAUCUCUGUUUAUGGCCGCGGCCAAUCCGGGGAGGAGUUCCUGGGCCACGUCAACUUCCAGGCCGUGACCACGGAGAGAGAGGCACCCGUGCGGGGCUGGUUUGCCUUAACGGGCCAUGCCGACACCAUGGCCGAAAACGCGCCCACGGGCGAGAUCUACGUCGAGUCGUUCUACCAGCGAGCCGAGCAGAAGCACUUUGGACCCGAAGACUUCCAGAUUCUUCGCCUCAUUGGCAAAGGCACUUUUGGCCAGGUGUACCAGGUCAGGAAGAGGGAUACUAAGCGCAUUUAUGCCAUGAAAGUUCUUUCGAAAAAGGUCAUUGUGCAGAAGAAAGAGGUGGCCCACACCGUUGGCGAGCGCAACAUUUUGGUCCGGACCGCCAUGGCCGAUUCUCCCUUUAUUGUGGGCCUCAAGUUCUCUUUCCAGACGCCAUCCGACCUUUAUCUCGUGACGGACUACAUGUCGGGAGGAGAGCUCUUCUGGCACUUGCAAAAGGACGGGAAGUUUGAGGAGAAGAGGGCGAAGUUCUAUAUUGCGGAGCUUAUCCUCGCCAUUCAACACCUCCACCGAAACGACAUCGUCUACCGCGAUCUGAAGCCAGAGAACAUUCUCCUCGAUGCCAACGGCCACAUUGCGCUUUGCGACUUUGGCCUUUCCAAGGCAAAUUUGACCAAGAACGACACCACAAACACAUUCUGCGGCACGACGGAGUACCUAGCCCCAGAAGUCUUGUUAGAUGAGACAGGAUACACCAAGAUGGUCGAUUUCUGGUCGUUGGGUGUGUUGGUGUUUGAGAUGUGCUGUGGAUGGAGCCCCUUUUAUGCAGAGGACACACAGCAAAUGUACAAGAACAUCGCUUUUGGCAAGGUCAGGUUUCCCCGUGACACCCUAUCCUUGGAGGGUCGAAAUUUCGUCAAGGGGUUGCUUAACAGGAAUCCAAAGCACCGAUUGGGUGCCACGAAUGAUGCGCAAGAGCUCAAGGAACACGCCUUCUUCGCUGAUAUCGACUGGGACGCCCUUUCUCGGAAACUGAUCACUCCGCCAUUCAAACCACAACUGAAGAGCGACACUGACGUCUCGUACUUCGAUCCCGAGUUUACCAACGCGCUCAAUACCAACGGGUCACUCAAUGAGCGCGCGGCUGCUCUGGCCAAGGGAUAUGCAACUUCCACGCCGCUGUCGCCUUCGGUACAGGCCAACUUCCAAGGCUUCACCUUCGUGGAUGAAAGCGCCCUCGACGACCACAUGAAAGACCGGUACGGUAAUAAGUUUGAAGACGAGGAGAUGGAUGAUGUGGACCGCAAGAAGGACGACGACUGGGAUGACCUCAAUGAUGUCGACACCCGGAACUUGAACCGUAUGAGUGGGAUCGUCCGCGGUAACAAUAACGACGAGCAAAUGUUUGGCUCAUCAGGUUUUGACAUGUGA